GAAGAAGUUCCGCAGAUGAUGGCACCAGUGACACUUCAUGGUGACGCAGCCCCAGGAGCCCCUGGUGGCUUGGAUGCUGCACCCAUUCCAGGGCUAAGAUGUUCAGUCUGGAUAGUGGGAUCCUCCAUUGUAAGAAAUGCAGGAAUUGCAGCCUUAAGCAGGCCAGGGGGACAGGGCUUAGGACUCCAGACAAAAGGGAUCGACAUUUGGUGGCAGGGCUAUGGGGGGUUGCGAUUUGUUGAUCUUGCCUGCAAGCUCAGAUGGUUAGCCCAGUUUGAGAAUCCACCUAAUUUUAUAGUUAUCCAUUGUGGUGCCAAUGACAUAGGGCAAGUAAAAACCCGAAAGUUGUUAGAUAGGGUAAGGUGGGAUUUACGUUUACUUGCUUCUAUCUUCCCGAACACAAAACUAGUUUGGUCGUUCUUGCUGCCCAGGGUAGCAUGGCGUUACUCAAAAAACGUCAGGGCGAUGGAGCAGACACAAAACAGGGUCAACAGGGCAGCUGCCAAAGAAAUCCUAGGUUGUGGGGGGAGGCUUCUUAGGCAUACACAGUUUUUAGGAAAACCUAAACAACUGUACAGCCGGGAUGGUGUACAUCUGUCGGGUCUGGGGAACGACAUUUAUCUAAAUAACCUACAAGGGGCAUUGGAAUAUUUUGUCAAAAACAAGGAGGGAGUGGUUUUCCCAGUGAAUUAAAUUCUAGGGUCCUUACAAACAUGUCCACAGUGGUGUUAAAUUGAAGUUGCCUACCCCCACGAGGUGGCGGUGGGCACCUUUGGUGCCCAAAGGUGCCCAUGUGGCGUAAUUGUCACCUUCAAUUUAACCAUCCAACUGAUCUUAGUAUGUAGUGAGUUUGUUGUGGUUGAUGUUGAUGUAUAUAGAUAUAUUAUGUGGACUAAUAAGACAUUUGAGUA